AUGUCGAAUUCCCAGACGCCCGAUCCAGGGACCGAGCGGCGGACGACGCGGUCAACAGCUGGCAAGCGACGACAGACACAACUCGAGAACGACGGCACACAGUCUGCGCACCGACCUAAGCGGCGGAAGAAUAACGCUGUCAAGGAAGAUACCUUUAAGCCGCGCGACUCGACCGAGCAUGUCCCGGCGACCAGCCAGCCGGCUGAGACAGAGACAGUUCCUGUGGUGAACGGCAGCAAACAUCCACCGCAAGAGAACGGCAGCGUACGAGCGAGCACCGCCAGCUUCCGAAAUGCACCUCAUCACGAUGCGCACAUGGUGCACCGCCCCAAGCGGGCGAUGCGCGGCGAUGGCGCGACGACUUUGGCACAUAAUCAAUGCUACAACAUCAAAAUCCUACCGAGCACCCCGAAAGAGCUGCGAGAACCGGGAUUGAAAUAUCGUGGAAGCAUAGGAAUACACAACAAUGCGCUGGCGGUCACACACCAGCAUGCCAUUGUAUGGGAUUACACUGCGCACCUGGCAGCGACGAGUCCGCGUAAAUUUGACAUGCCAUUCCCAUGCAAGGCGUCUGACCCGCUUCCCUUUGGCGCGCUGGUCUCGAAUGGCGCAAGUACGACGGAUCUUGGACUUCUGUUCGUCUCGGCGACAACUGGCAAGGUGGUCUUUUACGAUUCCAUUGAUCGUGCCGCAUCACUGGGUCUUUUUCAGGAUCGCAAGACAGGUGUCGAGGGCUCUAUUGGUAAUUUCAGUGGAGAGACCGUCGUUGACUUGGUCCCGGCUGAUCACGCUGGCUUCGUGGUCGUGCUGAGCUCGGGCAGAUUGGUACAACUUACUCUUCGCGACACGACUGGAAAGGUCAAGAUAUCAUCCCAGUUCCUGAGGACUACAGAACCGAAUGCAGGCUUCUUUGGGCGCUUCUGGGAUGCGGGAUUCAGGAAAGACUUGAGUGCAAUUCACACGAGACCACUCAAUGCAAAAGGACAGCUACAGGCCAUGGCUGUCACUGAGAAGGGAGAGCUUCUGUUUUGGGAUAUGGAUUGGACCUGUCGAUCCGGGUUCCGGAGUAGCAUUGACUGCAAGGAUAUGCUUCAGAACGAGCUGAGAUCGCAGGAGUACACAGAAAUGGCUGGCAGGCUGGGGAACUUUGCGGUCCUGGAUGUUGCGAUAUCGAAUAAACAGUCGUCCUUCGACAGCAAGGCGCUCGCAGCUGUUGGCGCGGAUACGGCCAUGGGCCUUCUACUUCUACUUCGGAUCGGAACACCAGACAUGCACACCUACACGAUUGCAGACAUUAGUCUCGAGGAUGAUGCGGUUUCGCCCGUCAAGUUCAAGCGCUUUUUGCAGCUUUCGGCCUACGAAAACUCCGGAGAUAUUCGCUACCAGAGAAAGCCACGCCUACUCCUCCCGAAGCCAGGCCAUACCAUUUUCGUCGUCUUCGAGGAUGCCACGAUUCUGGUGGCCGCGGAUGCAUCGCAACACCCAUCUGCGGCUGAAAACAACCCAGCCGCUGCACAGUUCGAUUUGACAGUCGUUCCAGAAACUUUCGAGCAAGCCAUCAAACUCCGCAGAGACCGGAAUCUGGCAUUCUCGAGCACUUGGGAAGAGGCCGCGAAGGGAAGCCAUGCUCAAGCAGUUGCUUUUGUCGAGGGCGCUGGUCUUGUGCGCAUCACAGCUGCAGAUGUCAACCGUCUCGAGGAGCGCCAAAUCUCUCCAAAGACAAGGAUCGAACAAGCUGUGUUCCACGGCUGCAUGCAAGCCGACAAUAUCAUUGACUUCUCUCGGCCACGCGACUCGGAGUACAGUAUCGAGGAUGUGGAGGAAGCGGCGCUUGCCGUGAGCCAGGAGAUACUGCGCGCGGAGACUCCUUACACUAACUUCAUCUCACAAAACCCCGCCAACGUCGAGGAUGCGCUGGCGAAGAAAGCCAAAGCACUCAAAGCCUUGGUCGACUACGUGCGACAGAACUACCCGGCGAUGUCGAGAGCCACAAUGUGGCGACUAUUGUGGGAUGCGGAGCGGGUAGCUGCAGCGAAACAGCUGUGGGUCGUCCACGAGGAACAAAUUGAAGAGGUGAUCAAAAGAGAAGGGAAGCGAAAAGCGACCCUGCUCGACGAGGUUUGCUCAUGGUUCUCCGAAGAGCAGCAAGAAGAGAGCUUUGCGUCCCGAAAGGAACUGAAAGAGCUGCUCCCUGUUCCCCGAUUCUUCGUCGGUGGCCUCCACCGUCUGGACCAAUUACUUCACUUCACAUGCGCUCUGUUGAAAGACUUGCAGAAAGACAAGGAGAAAUCCCCCACCACCAUCCUUCGACUGGCAUAUGAGGCGAACGAUGUAUGGGCCCGAUGUUUGGAUAGUGCAUUUGACUUUCGCCUCGAGCAUUCUGCAGACUAUGGCAUCCUUGCCGAGCUAGUUGAAGAUGGCGUUCUUAUCGACUCGGCGGAAUACGUCGACUUGCCUGAAUUCUGGACCUCGACAGAGACGCUCAUCAAGAGCACCGUCAGCAUUGCAGAGCUGUCGCGUCACUUCGCAACCAGCUACUACGACCCGAAUACGAUGCCCAACGCCAGCGAAUCAGCCCAAGACAUCGCAAUGUUGACUCCCAAACUGGUAGAGCUGUUUUGUCUUCAAGCCAGAGAGUGCGUCAAUUGGCACGCCUCGCGACAUUCGCAGAAAGAGCAGGUGAAGGCAAAGGAGCUGCAGCGCAAGUUUGACGGACAACGAUAUGAUCUAUGCCGCGCACUUGCCGACGUUGGCCAAUCUGAUCCCGGCAUGAAGAUUGCAGAGAAGUACAGGGACAUGCAUACAUUGAGCGAUAUGGUGAUCGCUGAAGAGCAGUACUUCUUCGAAUCAUUGCGGGAAACUGCUCAGGACGCCGCUAUUGCAGAGAUCCAGAAGUCACAGAGCGAACUUGAAGCUCGAAUCCGGAAAUACUUCGAUCGGUAUGGCUCUUCAUGGUCGGAUACGUUCUUCGACAAGCUCUUCGUGGUCAACGGGGUUGGAGAGAGUCUGGACGAGGCGCAGAUGCGGUGGAGGAAGCCAUUGACUAAGUACCUACGCGCUCACCCGAGCAGAUAUAAGAUUUGCUGGAUCAACGACAUUACUAGUGAAGGCGACUUUGCUCACGCUGCGGAGGUCUUAGAACAAAGCGCUGAGCAGCAAGAAAGCCGACUGUGGGCAAAGAAAGUGGAACUGUCCAUGUCAAAGCUGGCGUUGUUGGCAGCUGAAGAGGGCGGCGAAUCCAUAGGCACCUCGAAGCUCGCUUUUGGAGCCAAGAAGCGUCGAACAUCGCCAGAGGACGAGCUAACCAUUGUCGCCAUCCAGGAGAAGGUUUACAAGCAUUUCCAGCCUGAGCUGCGAGGCAUGAUCGACCGGAUGGCUGAGAUGAACCACUGCAUGGAGAAUUAUGGCAGCCAUGUCUCCGAGUACCGGACUCUCCGCGGACUCUUGGAAAACGACUUGCAACUGUUGCUCGCGCACAUCGCACUCGACAUUGACAAGCUGAUCGACGUGCUCACACUCAUGGACAUGAGGCCGAUGGAGCAUCCCGACAACCUACAAUUUUCUGAAUUCUUCCUGGCGCUGCAGGCUCUCGAGGCGGCCGCUGCCGGCAUGCCACCGAAUCGGUUCGAGAUGCUUCUGCAACUGAUCUGGAAGCGCUGCUACAUCUAUGACGAUUGGGCAGAGGUCAAACUCGCGAAGGAGAAGUCGGAUACUGAGCGUAGGAGCCGCUUGCGACGAACCGCAGCGUGGCAGACGCUCUAUUACGCCAUGGACUCAGACUACUUCGAGCAACCUGGACGUCACGUACGGAUGCUCACCCCCAGUGAAUGUCUGGGUUCUGCGUGUCUGCCUCAGGAUCUCUCGUACCGCUUCCCGAACGAAGAACUGCUGGAUCCCAUCUUGCAGGAUUGCAAGAUCCAAGACGAAUUUCUGCAGAGCUACGUUGCCGAUCGCAACUUGGAUGAAGUCGUCGAGGAGUGCCAGCGAGAUGUCCGCAGCAUUCUGGAAACCGACGCGGAAGAGCGGGCGAUGAUUCUGCAGCAGGAACGAGAGUUCGAACAGGCUUCCGUUGAUGAGGACGCUGCCGAUGGGUUUGUCAAUGGGCUCCUGUCGAGAGCGGACAAGGUAUUGCACGGUAGCAAUGGGCAUUUGAGUAUGAACGGCAUCAGCAAGAAGGACUAUGCGGAUCAUUUUGCAGGAGGUGAGGAGGAGGAUGAUAUGGAGGAGAGUGAUGCCGGAUUGAUGGAGUAA